CCGGAGCCGCCGCCGGAGCCAUGAUCGGGGACCUGCUGCUCUGCGGGACGCUGCUGGUGAACGCCGGUGCCGUGCUCAACUUCAGGCUGAGGAGGAGGGACACGGAGGGAUUCGGAGAGGAGCCGAGGGAACCCACGACCGGUGACAAUAUCAGAGAGUUCUUGCUGAGUCUCAGGUAUUUCCGAAUCUUCAUUGCCUUGUGGAAUAUCUUCAUGAUGUUCUGCAUGAUUGUGUUAUUUGGAUCUUGAAAGCCACCCAUGGACGCAUUGGAAGAGACACUUUUCGCUGAGAACAAACUUUUCUAGAAGUAAAAGAUUCUGAUGCUCUCCAGCUGCAGCCCCAGGCCUGUCAGGAGCUGGGACAAGCUUGUCCCCUCCAGGUUCCUUCUCUGCCAGGGCUUGGAGCCACAACCUUCACACAAAAUUAUCUCAGCUUCACUGAAAGAGAAUUUUAGCUUGGUUUUCCAAGCUCAGAGUGGGGAGCAGGGGAGAAUUUGAGCCAGUUUCAAACCUCUGCCUUGCCAGUCCCAGCUGGGGCUGUGCCAGCUCAUGUUACCCCUGUCCAAGUCACGCUCCUUUGUUCUCAGUUUUGUGUAAAAGUUGAGCAGAGUGUUCUUGUAACUUCUCGCUAUUCCAUUUAUUUAGUUGGAUGUGUAGUAAUGGAAUAUUCAAAAAAAAAAAAAAGCCAUUCUUGCCUUCUCCCUGUUUUUCCAGAAAAAAAAAGCUUUCUAAAUUAAUAUUUCAAAGAUUUUUUUUUAAGCAAUAUGUAAGGGAUUUGGAAUGGGGAAAAAGGCAAAAAUAAUUCUCUAAGAGAUAAUUUUAGACUAAUAUUGGAUUUGGUUGAAUAAAGUUGUUCUAUUUAAGGGUAAAACAUAUAUUUGAUGCUGUGUUCAUUUUGUUACGGGACAAAUUGAUUCUGUAUUGGUGUAUUUUGGGAAAUUGUAGCUAGUCCUGUAAUUUGUCUGGAGUCUUGUGUUGUUUGUAUUAAGUUGGCCUCUAUGACCAACAACUUGCCCCAGAAUCACCAAGAAAAUUUAAGAGAGUGCAGUGCUGAGUAUCUUUUAAAUCAAACUGUAAACUCUUAGCACAGCUUCAGUUUCUUUAGCUGUCGAGGAGAAACAGACCUGAUUUAAAUGAUUCCCUGGCACAGGUUUUAGGGAUUGUUUUCAGUUUUAUCUGGUAGUGAGAUGCAAGUGUUGGGCACCUGCAGCAUUUUACUUGAGUCACCCUCCUCGUUAAACUGAAAUUUUCACGUUAAUGAAACUUGAGAGAGGAAGGGUUAUUUGAGGGAGAUGCCAGGCUGUAAUGAACCCAGAAAAAUACACAGACAGGCUCCUUCAAAUGUAGUUUGAGCCAUCCAGAAAUAUGUACAACCUUUGGUUAAACUUCAACAUAUUCCUUGUCUAUAAUUUUGGUAUAUUUAAACUCUUUUCUGAUUCUUUAGAAUGAGAAAAAAAAAGGUGCUGCCAAAUACAAUAUGGAGAUUGAACUGAUAAAAUUAUUGGAGAACA